CCGCGGGUGUGAAGGAGGGGCGCGGCGGCGGUGCCGCCCUCUCACGGCGGCCGCCUUUCCCCCGCGGAGCCUGGCGGGGCCGGGCCGUGGCGCUCCCCCCGGGACGGCCGCCAGCUGCCGCGGCGGCAUGAGGAUUAAGGCCGUCGGCGAGCGCGUAACGGGAGGAGCAGCCGGUCCCAUGGGCCGCGGGGCUCCCCGGGGCCGACGGGUCUGAGCUGAGGUUUGUGUAUUUGAGAAGCCCAAAGCAGUUCUCCUCAAACCAAACAGUAUAGAACUCACAGGUUGCCAUGUUCAUGUUGCUUGCAUUUGGAUUGCUGCUGCAAGAAAUUCUGGCUAAUUCCCAAGCUGAAAAUCUUACUGAAUUAAAAAACAUUCCAGAAGAGCCAUUAUAUAGCUACAAAGCUAUCAACUUGCCAGAUGAACAUAUUCCCUACUUUCUGCACAAUAAUCAGCAUAUUGCUGGCAUCUGUAAGCAGGACUCUCGUUGCCCAUAUAAAAAAUACUUGAAGAAACUAAAAUCCUGCUGGGGUUAUGAGAAAUCUUGCAAAUCAGAUUACAGGUUCAGUUACCCAGUGUGUGAUUAUGUUGAAACUGGAUGGGCAAGUGACAUUGAGACAGCCCAACAGAUAUUCUGGAAACAAGCUGACUUUGGUUACAUUCGAGAGAGGCUCAAUGAAAUGAAAACCCACUGCAAGCCUGCAGCAACAGGAGAUUCAUCUCUGACCUGUUCUCAGUACCUUCAGCACUGCAGAGCAACAAACUUGUACAUUGAUUUACGAACUGUGAAGAGAAACCAUGACAGAUUCAAAGAAGACUUCUUGCAGAAGGGAGAAAUUGGAGGUCAUUGCACGCUCGAUGUUCAAGCAUUUUUGGCUGAAGGUCAACGCAAGAGCCCUCUGCAGUCUUGGUUUGCAGAACUCCAGACAUUUACUGCAUUAGACUUCAAGCCCCUAGAAGAUCAGAAGUGUGAUGUUGUUAUUGAAAAGCCAACGUACUUCAUGAAAUUAGAUGCAGGUGUUAAUAUGUACCAUCACUUCUGUGAUUUCGUCAAUCUUUAUAUCACGCAGCAUAUUAAUAAUUCCUUCAGCACUGAUGUCAACAUAGUCAUGUGGGAUACUAGCUCAUAUGGCUAUGGUGACCUGUUCAGUGAGACAUGGAAGGCAUUUACUGAUUAUGAAAUAAUGCACUUGAAAACCUUUGAUUCUAAAAGGGUAUGCUUUAAAGAAGCAGUCUUCUCAUUACUGCCUCGGAUGCGAUACGGCUUGUUUUAUAACACACCAUUGAUCUCAGGCUGUCACAGUACAGGGCUAUUUAGAGCAUUUUCUCAGCAUGUGUUGCACAGAUUAAAUAUCACACAAGAAGGACCCAAGGAUGGAAAAAUUCGAGUCACAAUACUUGCACGUAGUACAGAUUACCGGAAAAUAUUAAACCAGAAUGAGCUUGUGAAUGCUUUGAAAACAGUAUCAACAUUGGAGGUCAAAGUGGUAGACUACAAAUACAAAGAACUUGAAUUUUCAGAGCAACUGAGAAUUACCCACAACUCUGAUAUAUUCAUUGGGAUGCAUGGAGCGGGACUUACCCAUUUGCUCUUUCUGCCAGACUGGGCUGUUGUUUUUGAACUAUACAAUUGUGAAGAUGAACGUUGUUACCUGGAUUUGGCAAGGCUGAGAGGCAUUCACUACAUCACUUGGCGAAAAAGGAAUAAAGUGUUUCCUCAAGAUCAGGGACACCACCCAACACUGGGAGAACAUCCAAAAUUUACAAACUACUCCUUUGAUGUGGAAGAAUUUAUGUACUUGGUGCUUCUGGCCGCAAAUCAUGUUUCACAGCAUUCCAAGUGGCCAUUUAGGGUAAAACAUGAUGAAUUCUAAAUUAGACUUCCGACUGAAAUACUAUUUUUAAAUAAUGCUCCAUAAAAAUACUGCAACAACAUAAAGCAAAGUGCUGGUGUGAAAUAUGUAAACCUCUGCGAGGGCAAUAACCCAUUAUGAAUUUGUCAAACCACUUUUAGCACCAUACCUUAUCUUUAUAAUACCACGCUUUAAUCCUGGGAGUUUUUGAUAUGUAAAAAAUAUUUUUCAGAGCUAUUUUUGUUUUUUGCACUGUAUUUUUGCAUUCCAAAUUCAUAAAUCCUUUUCUUUGUACAAAGAUGUGUCCAUCCAUUUCAUGUACGAUUAUCUGGGGUAGAUACUGAUUUUGUGAUAAUUUAUGUCUACUAUUAUGUGAGGAAAUGCUGGAGGAUGAAGUGUCACAGCCUGGCUUCCCAGUACAGUCUCUCUGGGAAUGAAAUAGGCCUGGCAGAGCUCCUCGGUUCCUCUUUUUAAGAAGCUGGAUGCUAUUAUACGAUAGUUCUGCACCUGCAAGUAAGUAUCUGAACAGGAAUCACCUUCCCAUUGCAAGACACUGCCCAGUAUGUUAUUUGCUGUUGUUAUUUGCAGUUGAGUUACAUGCCGCAGUCAUUCCAGGAUGGCUGGUUAGUUCCUUGCCGUCACCAUCCAUGUCACUGCUGUGCUCAUCCCUGUGUUGCUUCUAGGUUUUAAGACUUUCCUUUGUAAAAUAGUGGUUGUGAGAAUGAAGUGGUGAAGAAAGCUUUAACUUUUGUUGUUUGAUCCAACAGACACUGCAGAUUUCUUUUUCAAGUUUAGAAACAUUCUCAUGUUAGAGAGCAGAAUCUUAUGGUUUUGCAUUUAAAUAUAAACUUUGAUGCUUCUCCCUGUAGUUUUAACUGCUAAAAUAUAACAGGUCUGCUCAGUAGGUUUAGUCAGUUUUCUAUCUCAAAGCAGGUAAAUCUUUUCUUAAGUGAAUACGUCAAACUUCAGGCAAUCUGGGUGUUUCCUGCUUUUUCACAUGGAACAGCGCUCUGCAAUGGAAAACCCGAGCAAAUUGGAAUAAAACUUGAGUCUUUCUGAGGAUACUAAAGGGAAUGGACUUCUAGAUUUUCAUGAUGAAUGAUAAGAUGUAUAGGGUGUCUUUCAGCUGCAGCUGAAAGGGAAUCAAGUCAUGAGGAACCUCAUUUUUGGAAUAAUUAAGAGCGUCAUCUGCUAAUGUUCUUUUCUCAAAAUGUCGAAGUGUUGAUCUAGAAAAUUUUUGAAAAUCCUUCCAAAGCCAGUAGCAUAAUUCAUUGUUUCCAGUGAAGGAAAUACUAAGCCAAAGCCAAGUUCUUUAUAAAAUUCGCUCUGAAGCUGAUUGUUGGUGGUAGUGAAGGGAGGAAAAAAAAGGGAGUAGUUCUGUUGUCUUAAUUGGGGCCAGAAGGAUGUGUGGAAGAAUCAAGUUCAAUGAGAUAAAAAACAGUUUUAUGUUACAUUAGACAUUUUUUUAGGAAUGUAUUCCCAUGAUAGACUUGCGGUAUAAUCACACAGUCUCCGUGUCCGGAAGCAGAGCAUACGUUUGUAUGCAAAAGCAAGACAAUUACAGUAAAUACAAACAUUUCACUGGUACAAUUGUAGAUAUUAUUGACUUCCGUUCUCCAACAGUCAUAGGCAAUUUCGCAGAGUGUAGAUACAUUCACUGACCUGCCUAUACUGGUAAAGAUGAGUUACCGUAAGCAUCAUUUUUAUAUAGAUCUCUCACGAUGUUACGCCGUGCAUAGGACAAGCUGGAUACAGCUGGUACAUAAGAUAAAUUAAGGUAUCUGGUGCAAUUCUUGGCAUAGUGUAUUGUUUUACUGAUGGAUAAAACUGUUUAACUUUGAAGAACUAUAGAAACAAAAUUGCACUUCUUGACAUGAAAAAAAAAAUACCAAAGCCCUUGUGAAACACCAUUUCCUGUAUUUGUGUGUGUGGUUGGUGGUUGGUUGGUAUUUUUUUACCUUGUGGGAUUAUUAAACAAAAAAUGUUUAAAACUUAAGUCAGAAAAAUGUCUGAGUUUGAAUGAAACCAACUCAAAAUAAAGACAACCUUUAACUAUGAACUGUGCACAGAUAUGUGAUUUUUUUUUUUUAAUAAAAAUGCUUUUUACUUUAAAAAAAAAAUAAGUGUAAUAUUUUUGGUUUGCCAGAUUUUAGAGGCAAAUAUUUUAAAUAGCAUUAAUUGCAUAGAGUCAUGUGUCUCUGCUUUUUCCUGCCGUGUCAACCUGAUGUUCUGAGGUCCAAUCCGACAGUCAUAUUGAUGCAUCUGGGAAUCAUUCUGAGCUAACGCUGUUGUCUUGCACUGGUGGCUUUGUUGCCUGGUAUUUUAAGAUUGGUUUGUGGAAAACACUUGUGUAUGUUUAACCUUCUGCGCUGCAGAUGAUGCUGUUGAAGCCGGUGUGUGAAUGUUGGCGGGUGCUUGAGUCUAUCCAGGAGCAGCUGAUGAGAAGCUGCUCUGUUAGGACUCAGGAGAACAAGCAGUUGAAUGUAUGCCCGAGGGUGUGGGGAGAAGCUGUGGGGACUUAAUCCAAAGGUAAAUAUCCUGCCAACAUUCAGCAAAUUUGAGUGCAGCUUCGGCUAGUUGAUGACCAAGAUAUUCUUCAGCCUUUAAUGGCUUAAUAUUACUGGGAUGCAAAUACUAUUUUGGUUGAUUAGCUUUACAAAUAGUCGCAAAAUUAUCUUGGCAGUAGAAGGAGAUUAAUGGGAUUUUGCCAAUAAAUCCUGAGAGAGAAUUUGGGUAAGAGCAAAGAUCUGGCUCAUGACUUUCUUAAAGAGGGUCUGGUCCAUCUCAGUCUGCCUGGAAAUCGGUAUUUGAGGGAAUUCAUGAGACUUUUGGGCCACUUUUUCUUUAGGCAGGGUAUAGCUCUGGAUUACGUUUUCCUAAACAGACUAUAGGAGUCUUGUUCCUUGCUACUUCUGGUUUUGUUUGUUUGUUUUGUCUCCAGUUUGCUGAAGUUUAGAGUCUGUUUAACUGGCACAUUAGCAUCAGUGUGAUGAAUUUAGUUUUGGGGCUUAAUGAACGUGGCCAAUCCUGAAUAAUUACAGGAUUGCUUUUGUUUCAUGUACAAUGUAAACUGAGAGUUGGAUUUGAAAUAAAGAAUAAUUUAUGGAUGCA